AGAAGUUGGUUAAUGAGCCACAUAGCACCUGAAAGGCUGAAAACAAGAUCAAACGGGCUUUAACUUAAAUAUCCGGCCCACGGCCCACAUAAUUGCUCUGGGAUUUGGGAAGGAUGCUAUUUUUCGGAUUUCCGAUACAUUCGAAGCAAAAGCUUUUGGGAUCUCAGUAGGCACUCAAAUCUCUUCAACUCAUCCUAUCCAUCGACCUCAGCUUCGAUUGUUAGCUCCCAUGGCGACUGGAGUGGCCUUCUUCUCUGCUUCCCUAGGUCCGACUAAUCUCAAAACAUGUGAAGCUUGGUCUGGGAAGUCCUCUUCAUUUGUGAAGACACCAUCAUUAAAAGUUCAGAGGAAACUGAUUCAUCGGAGAACCAACAACUUGUCGGUUUGUGCACAGUAUAAUGAAAGUAGAGGUGGAGGCGCCGUUGAAUUUAUUUCUGGAUUUCUCUUGGGAGGUGCAAUAUGUGGAGCACUUGGCUAUGUUUUUGCCCCAGAGAUAAGAAGAUCUAUCCUAAAUGAGAAUGAAGCUGGUUUUCAAAAGGCUAGGCGACCAAUCUAUUAUGAUGACUUGGAGAGGAACAGGGAAUCCUUGAAUGAAAGGAUACAGCAACUGAAUUCUGUCAUUGACAAGGUCACUUCCCGGCUGAGAGGUAACAAAAAUCAGAGUCCUUCGGUUGUGAAGUUUGAUCCAGCAGAUGCCACUUUCUAAGACCGCUUUGUCUCUUAUGACAUCAAAAACCUAGCGUCUUUGGUUUGUCCGGUGAAAUCAAAUACGGGAGGGGUGGUCGCACAGCUGUUGAUUAAUUAUUUUACUACAGCCAGCAACAUACAUUACCUUUGAGAUUUGAUGGGCCAACUUUGUGAAAAGUGAUGUUUUGGAUUGUUUGGAGAUAUUUCCUUCAUAAAAUUCUUAAUGUUUUCCGUUAUUGACUUGUGAUUCACCCACUGAAUACACAUUUAAAAGAUUAAAUCGAGACGUUGAUGCAUGAUGCGUACUGCCCUCAGCUGAGGAUCAAAGUAUCUCCUUCUAUCACAUUUUUUAUUUGCAUUCUUUUAUUUUCUCACUAAAUUAUUUAUUUUUUCCUUUUAGAAAAAUGAUUCUGCUGUUAAUAUUGUUUCUUUCUUCAAAACAAAUUCCAACUACAAAAUUUUCACGCACUCAGCCAAAUCAGGAGAUAAAUGGUCAUAUAGUACUCCCUUCGUAUUUCAAAGUUUUCUGCAUUAGAUUUGGGCACAACAUUUAAGGGUGAAAUAAUAGGGGUAAUGAAUAGUGUAGAAAAAAUAUGAGAGAAGGUGGAAAAGUAUGAAAGAGAAGAUAAAAAGUAGAAAAAGUAA